AUGAUUGCGGCCUGGGAGAUUGAGAUUACGGAAACAGCCAGUAGACAACGGUAUCGUCGACGUGACAGCAUAGGUUGUCGAGCUACAGAGAAACCAGCCUCGGUAGCAGAGUUCGGCCAAGAUAUUGUAGACAGGAGACGGGCGACGGGAGACAGGAGACGGGAGACGGGAGACGGGAGACGGGAGACGGGAGACGGGAGACGGGAGACGGGAGACGGGAGACGGGAGACGGGAGACGGGAGACGGGAGACGGGAGACGGGAGACGGGAGACGGGAGACGGGAGACGGGAGACGGGAAACGGGAAACGGGAGACGGGAAACGGGAAACGGGAAACGGGAAACGGGAAACGGGAGACGGGAGACGGGAGACGAAAGAUGGGAGACGGGAGACGGGAGACGGGAGACGGGAGACGGGAGACGGGAGACGGGAGACGGGAGACGGGAGACGGGAGACGGGAGACGGGAGACGGGAGACGGGAGACGGGUGACGGGAGACGGGAGACGGGAGACGGGAGACGGGAGACGGGAGACGGGAGACGGGAGACGGGAGACGGGAGACGGGAAACGGGAAACGGGAGACGGGAAACGGGAGAAAGGGAGACGGAAGACGGAACACGGGAGACAUGA